GUUCAAGUUUGUGUUUCCUAAAGAUCAUGAAUUUCAAGAGCAUGGAGGAAUUCUGGCCUUUUUACAUGAAACAACACUCUAAACCCGCGACAAGAAGAUGGCAUUUUGCCGCUACACUUUCUAGUAUUUUGUGCUUAAUUUAUGCAGCUUCGUUCAACUGGUGGUUCGUGUUCCUCGUGCCUUUGGUUGGUUAUGGUAUGGCUUGGUAUAGCCACUUUUAUGUGGAAGGAAACAUACCUGCAGCUUUUGGUCAUCCAGUUUGGUCCCUUUUGUGCGAUUACAAGAUGUUUGGGUUAAUGCUCACCAGUCAGAUGGAUAGUGAGAUCAAAAGGCUUAGCAUGCAACGCUAUUGAUUUCUGUUUCAUACACUUAGUUGUAAUAGUGACAUGUUUGGUCUGGUCAUCUGUUUGAAUAAUCUGUGUUGUUGUGAAAAAUAAAGUCAUAGUUCAAUCUUCACUAUACUUUGGAUGGGAUUGAAUUUGCAAUUGGACUUCUUGAUUGGUACAA